GGUCAAAGUCCAGUCCAGUAGUAGACUAUACUAGCUGGUACAGUACAGUAACUUACUUUGCCUGGCCCUAUGUUAGAUCUAAAUGUCGCAAUGAGAGCAAAGAUCGUUGUUACCUGCUUAAUACUGUUAGGGACUCUGCUUAUUAAGUCAGGUGAUGGAGCCACAGACAUCUUAGUCCCACCCACUCUUCCCAAUGGAAGACAGUGUUUCUGCCCUGGUGAUGUAGAGACCUACACAUGUAAUGUGGUCGGUGGAGGUAUUACAGUGUGGUCAGGAACUGCCUUUGACUGUUCUGGAUCCAACAAUGCAAUAGUAUUAGGUCAUGCUCUAUUCUCUGGAGGGACUGCUGUAGGAGAUUGUACAAGUGGAGCUAUUAUCGGUAGUGGUACUUCAGUUGACACUAGUGGAGCAGAACCUUGCUACACAUCAGAACUGUCAGUCACUAUCAGUGCCAACAUGGAUGGACAAACUAUAGGGUGUACAAGAGAUAUCACUGCUAUGAUUGGCACUGAUUCCUUGCGAGUAGCAGGUCCACCCCCACCACCCACUAACGUGACGGUGACAGAGGUUGGUGUGUCCACAUUCACUGUAACUUGGACAGAGCCAACCAGAACUGUGGAACCUCCUUCUCAUAUGAUGUCGUCUCAGAUUGUGGAGGCUCUUGUUCAGUCAGUUCCAGUACGUCAGGAGUUUGUUCUGGUUGGACUGCUCCACAGAGCUGCUCAGUUAUGGUCAGGGCCAACUCUGACUUGUGUGGUGGUCAGGCUGGAAGCUUCAGCACUCUUGUAAUGCUAAACUUAAUGGAACCAUCUCCCCCUGCUGCUGGUGAUGUCAGUGUGCUGGCAGUGUAUUCUGAUGACAGCCUCGACUCUAUCAUGGUCGCAUUUCCAACAAGUCCUGUCGAGGUUGCUCCUGGUUUUUCUCCUGCAGUUACUUACUCUGUACGAAUCGUCAGUGAUCCGCAAAUGGUUCUCACAGGCAACUGCAAUGCUACCCUGUGCCAGUACCUGACUAACUUCACUAGUGAUAAUCCUCCCAGCAAUAAUUUCACUGUGACUAUUACCGUGUCCAAUGGAAUUGGAGGUGGUCAAUCAGUGAUAACAUCCUCCCAGCUGCCAUUCAAUAUAUUAUCUUCAUUAGCGACUCUGACAGUUGUUGUAAUAGACUCCAAUGCUAAUGUGACUGCUAAUCUGUCCAGUGGUUUCCGAGGCUCGACCGGUUUGACAGUGACCUACGGAAUAACGCCUAACACUGAUGCCAACACUGUGAUGUCAGCUAAUAACGGCAUGGCUGGGGAUACUCUGGAAGUUAUCUUGACAUCUCUACAACCUAAUUUAACUUAUUGUUAUUCCAUUUACUUGACCCAAGGAGUACUGUUAUUUAAGGUGGUGGGAGUGUUUCGCUCAGGUUAUUUUGUUAUACCACCAGACAAUCCAAGUUUGGUUAUAGUUGUCAGUAUAAGUGCGGUUGUCCUCUCCUUUGCUAUUGGAAUUAUUGUGGGAAUAUUGCUCACUCAUUUUUGUGGGAUAUGUGUACAAGGAAUUCGACGAAGAAAGUGUGGCACUCUACUGUUGGUCAUUCUUCUUAUAAUCGUGUUUGGCUUUGGAAUUGGUAUUCUCAUUGGCUACUGCUGUGUGAAGAACAAGAAAGAAACUCAGAAGAAAAAGUAUGAAGGAUCAGUCGAAGAUGAAGAUCCAAAGGGGAGGUCUGAGAAAUUAACUGGAACUGAAAUGAGUUCACCGCCACCUGUGAUAUACGAAGAGAUAUUAGACCCCCUGGCUCAAGAAAACAUUGCGUACAGCCAUGUUCAACAAUUACAAGCUCCACUUGAACAGAGAGGACCAGUAUACGAGGACAUUAAACCAGACCCCCACACUCAGGGAAACCUCGCUUAUGGACACGUGCAGUUUCAUUAGCUCCAAGCGUCAUACAAUGAAUUAUGGUGUUUUAGAGUAAAAAUAAUUAGUUAUGUUUUUUUUUAUCCUCCCUGUGUAUAUUCAUGCACUAUAUAUUAUUAUCACUACAAGCUAG